AUGACCAUGGAAGUGUGGAUAGACGGCAACGCAUACGUCAUCACGUACCCCAUCAGCGCCGGCGAGAUUUUAAAUCUCGUCCUAUCGCACCACACGGCUGAAAAGCUUCGCGCCACUCAGCCGGACAUUCCUAUCAAAAAGUUCCGCAGCCAGUACAGAGACUUCGAUCCCCGCAUUGUGCGCAUCAUCAACAUGGUGGAGUAUGUCGUAAGUGACCCCUUUUCGCGUGUCCGCCUUGACAAGCUUACUGACAUCCUCGCAGUCUCACUGGCCCUCACGGUCACGGGCACGAUGCGGUCGUGGUCAUCUCCACAAAAGGAUGUCUUUCUGAUGAGCGACGUGGCUCAUUCCAUGGUCAACCACAUGGCACAGGGUGCCGCGGCCUCGAUGGAAAAUGGCGAACUCCUCGCACGCUGCAUCCAGAGCAUGGUUCAGGGAAAGAUUGAGAUUGCUGAAGCAGUCCACAUUUACGAGGCCGAGAGGAUGCCCAAAGCAUAUCUCAAGCAGCAGGUGUCGUUCCUGUGCAAUCGGGAACUUACUACAUGGUCCCGGGCAACAGGGUCGAGAUCAAGCGAUGACGGCAGAGCUGGGUGGCAAAUUCUACGUCCGGAGCAGCAAUCUGCAUAUGCCGGCACAGCCGUCGACAAGUACCUCCACGAUGGCCGUGAGUCUGCGGAUGCGGCCACGGGUGUCACUCCGGCAUUGCAACAGAAGUACAUGGACUCGUUCCUGACGAGCAACGAAGGAGCCAACCAGGAUAGCUCUCUCUUCAUUGAAAAGUCCUAUCUCAAUGGAGAAUGGGUAGAUGCCAAGUCAAGAACGAUAUUCGAUGUUUUCAAUUCUGCCACUGGGAAGGCCAUUGCCAGUGGCCCAGAAUGUUCGCCUGAGGACACUGAACGAGCGAUAAAUGCUGCUGCCGCGGCCAUUUCCUCCUUCAAGCUCACUCUCCCCCGCGCACGAGCUCACAUGCUCAGGCGCUGGGCUAAUUUGAUACUUGAACAUGGCGAUGAUCUUGCCACGUUGGUCACACCCGAGAAUGACAAGGCUCUAGUCGACGCAAAGAGCGAGGUCGCAUAUUCGGCAGUCUUCCCGCAAUGGUUUGGUGAAGGAGCGGUCAGAGCGUGUGGGGAUGUUAUCCCUGCGAGUGUCCCUGGUAACACGGUCCUCACCAUACGCGAACCCAUCAGACCUUACAGUUUGAUCACUCCUUGGAACCUCCCUGCGGCGAUGAUGACAAGGUACACUCCCGUCCUAAAUGCGUACGAGGCAAAACGGUAUUUGGCAUUGGCCGACCUACAAAGCAAAACAUCAGAAAAGCAGCUCCCGCGCUCGCGGCUGGCUGCACCGUCGUUAUUAAGUCGCCUGACGAAACUCCAUCGACGGCAAAUGUCGAUUGUUGAGUUGGCGCAUUGGGCAGGUUUUUCGAAUGGCGUCAUCAAUGUGAUCACAGCAUCAGCAAACACAGUUCAAGUGGGACACGCCUCGACGUCCUCAUCUUCAAUCAAGAAGAUUUGGUUCACAGGCUCGACGCCGGUUGGCAAGCUCUUGAUCCGACAGUGUACAGACACGACUCUUAAAAAGACCUCCAUGGAGCUGGGUGGCAAUGCCCCUUUCAUCGUCUUCGACGACAACGAUAUCGACCUGGCCGUUGCAGAUCUAUGUGUAUAUUUGCUCUACGAUGCUUUUACAGAGAAAAUUACAUCCAAGGUCAAUGAAUUCAAGGUUGGGGAUAACCUCGGAACGCCUGGCAUUACUCACGGGCCGUUGAUCAAUCGCAAGGCAGUUGACAAUACCGACUCACACGUUCGCGACGCUGCGGCCAAAGGCGCAAAGGUAUUGGUAGGAGGACGUGUAAUGCCCGAGUUGGGUCCCAACUACUAUGCUCCCACCGUGCUGGGGAAUAUCACAGCAGACAUUGCAUCAGAAGAGGCAUUUGGGCCCGCGAAUGACACAGACUUUGGCCCGGUCAGUUAUUUCUUGAGCAAGGACGUCCAUCGCAUCUGGCGUGUGACCAGAGCCUUGGAAGUUGGCAUUGCCGGCGUCAAUGCUGGUAUCAUGAGUGAUGCUGCCUCACACUUUGGCGGGAUCAAAUCCAGCGGCUUUAGCAAAGGAGGGCAGCAAGUAUGGGAUCGACGAGUGCUCGAAAUGGUCACGUUGGCCACCCUGAUCAGAGAGUUCCAAUCUCGAUUGUGA